AUGCAUCACCCCCCAUCAGCGAUACAGCCGGCCUCCGAAUCGCAAGCGCGGUAUAAUCUGCAAGCUACCGAGGACAUUGACGAGUACCAUAAUGAGCUGGACGAAAAGAAACACUCGUCCCCAAUACCGACGCGACCAGACUAUCGACCCAAACCAUUGCAAUGGCCUUUCAUCGUAUGCAUGGUUCUCGUCCUCUCCGUCUUUGUGGGGUUGGUGAUCUAUGCCCGCAAUACGAUGCCAAACUCAGACAGCACCGCAAUCAUUGAGCCGCGCCAAUACUUAGGUUCACGGCAGGAGCCAAGCUCUAUCAAUGAGAAGUCGUCAAGCCCAAGUCUUACAGCGCAGGCCUCAUCAUCUUCAGAAUCUGGUCUGUCUUCUGAGAGGCAGCAGUCGACGAUAGGCCAAAUUAGUAAUGCCGAUCUCCCGACGACCUCUGGACCUGGGCGAUCUCCUGCUUCGGAGUCAACUACAGCGGCUACUGUGACCAUAUCAUCGUCGGGAAGAGCUUCCAGUGCGGCUUCCGGAAUAUCAACGCAGCAAGACCAAUCUUCUACUUCUGAGUUCACUUCCACAUUCACGAGACCUGGAUCCACUUUCCAGUACACAACAUCUAUCCAAACCACCCGAACAGAUGUUAUCAGCGACAACGAAACGACCUACUACCAGACGACAACCAAGACUGUGGGUCGUGUGACAACUUCAACCUCCGCUGUACCGGCCUCGACUGUCGUCGAAGUCACCAGUGAAGUUGGAGAGGCGACCAUAACCUCAACGGCCCAGUUUACAUCGCCGGCAAGGGUCAGCACCUACAGCUCAAUUGUUGUUUCCGCCGUACCGACGACCAUUGCGAGCGUCGCUACCUCGACUGCGGCGGGGGUGGUAUACGUAUCCGUAGGGACAACCGAAAUCACCAGAGUUGUUACCAUCCCCGGAGGGUCACGAGACCAGCAGAGUGAACAGCCUAACCCAGUCACACAACUCAUCACCAGUGUGUUCGACGGGAAGGUUGUGACAGUCGUGAAAACGGGGAAACCUCAGCCUACCACAUUCAUCACUUCGAUAUCAGGCAAGCUCAGUACGAUCACAUCUACUCCGAAGCCUAGUACACGAAUAUCAACUAUUGGCCCCUCCACGGCGGUAUUCACAUCUGUUUCCCUGCCAGCGUCGACGAGCAAACCCGAUACCGUCAUCACCGAAGUCGAGAAGUUCACCUUCACCGAUGGCGAUUACUUCCUCGGCAAGUUUCUUCCGGUGAUUCUGGCAGUCAUGAUUGCAAUUCCUCUCCGAAUCAUCGAUCUGAACGCGAAGUUAUACCAGCCUUUCCACGCAUUAUCCCAAGAAGGGGGUGCGCUUGGUAAAAAUAGCAUGACGAUCCAAUUCGAAGGCUGGAACGGCUUCUUGGCUCCUUUCAAGGUUCUUAGGCAAGGCCAUCCAGUCCCUUUCAUCACGACAUUGAUUGUAUGGUCAUCGUCUCUCCUGGCACCCUUGGCAACUGAGGCGAUUGGGAUGAAAUUACACGGCAAAUGCAAAAUCACUGCCAUCGAUGGCUGCGGCAUUCAACUCGGCGUCUCCCCAAAAUCAGCCUACAUCUUGAUAGCGUUGCUCAUUCUUAUCGUCGCUCUCUUGCUGGUUCUUCUCUAUCUUCUCCGCAGCUGGAAGACCGGACUUCACGCGAAUCCUUGGAGCAUCGGGGGUAUAUCGUCACUUUCCCUGAAUGCAGAAAUUCGGCCACAUCACGUAAACUUCAAAGCUACCGAAAGAACGAUGGCAGAUAAGAACUACAUGCUGGGCUUCUUCGAAAAUAGGCACGGUCGAGAUGAAUACGGCAUCAUCUACUAUGACGAAUCGGCCGACAACUUGCAAUCGGCAGGAUCAGGAGCGCUAUCGGUCAAUGACGAUUCAGAUAUCAUCAAACAUCCGCACAACACUGCGACCAAUGCCAGGACAACAAACCCUUUCAUCGCGCUUACGUACUGGUGGCGCAUUGUGUUCAUCUCUUUCCUUCUUGCCUUGUUCAUCAUCAUACUUUAUUAUCAUGUUACACUUGGUCUUCGUACUUCCUUCAAAGACUUCAUGGACAGCCAAACAUUUGGGCUCCGUUUCUUUCUUGCUGCACUGGGCGUGAUUAUCAUUUUUUGCUGGGAAUCUAUUUUCAUCAGUGUCGCUAUUGUCAGUCCGUACUAUCACAUGCGCCGACGUUCGCAACGACCAGAAUCUUCUAUCCUUUUGACACGCCCUACGAACGGAUUCUACGGCAUCUACGCCGCGAUUAUCAACGGCGACAUAGUGCUGAUGCUGGCAGCUUUCAUGUCCAUAAUAGCUGAAUUCCUUCCGAUGCUUUUGGCCAAUGUGCCGUACAACCUAACUCAGACACUCAACUCGCACAAUGUCUGCUCUAUUAUUAGUUUGACGAUCUUAGUGCUGAUGAUCGUGGCUGUGGGGGCAAGUCUAUUCAUCAAAUGGCCCGAAAUGCCAGUCGACCCGCGGAGCAUUGCUGGGGCGAUGUAUUACGUCAACGAAAGCCGAAUGCUGGAUGACUUUGGAGGUCUUUCACAUCUAUCUUCGUUGGAAAGAAAGAAGAAAGUUGGGGAGCUGGGACGCAGAUACUUUUACGGCGCUCUGACUGGAAGACCUGGAAGGCGAAUGGGCGUUGAGUCGGUGGAGAGUGUCGAAGACACUGUGUAUACCGGGGCGAAUUGGCUUCCAUCGCACGAUGAUAGCGGUGAAUGCAGGCAAGAGGCUUCCCCAUAUCGCGCUCGAGUUGCGAUCAGUCCCGAAGGGGAUCCUGCCCCAAAACAGGAUACCUGUCACGAAGAAAGGGGUUGGGUGUGA